AUGGGGGAAGAUCAACUUCUAAAUACGCCUGGAAAGAAACGUAAAAGCCCUGCUAAUCAUAAGUGCGAAAUUGACGAUUUUGACAAAUGCGUUAUACGGCAGACUAUACAAGACUUUUACAUCAAAGAAAAGAAAGUGCCAUCUGUGCGGAAAUUAUUGCCUGUCUUGAGGCAAAAAAUAGACUUCCCGUGGCAAAAAGACUCAUUGUGCAAAGUUUUGCGUUCGAUGAAUUUUCGCUGGAAGAAAUGUGUUAACAAAAGAAAAAUUCUUAUCGAAAGACCUCACAUUGUAUUUUGGAGGAACAAUUAUUUACGCGAAAUGAGGAAACUCAGAGCAAGUGGACGCCACAUCGUUUACAUCGAUGAAACAUGGAUUGACAGCAAUUUAACUUUUAAGAAAUGUUGGCAGCAUGAUACGGUUUUGGGCGCACAGAUAAAUGUCAGUUCCAAAAAUAGACUGAUUGUUGUCCAUGCUGGCUCUUCCGCAGGAUUUAUUCCAGGUGCCCAACUUAUUUAUAAAGCAUCAGCUCAAAGCGGGGAUUACCAUGGGCAAAUGAACUAUGGAAAUUUUGAAAAAUGGGUGUUGGAAAAGCUUCUUCCAAAUUUACGACCUCAAAGUGUGGUAUGCAUGGAUAAUGCCCCGUAUCACACAAAAAUUGAAGAUCCGACACCCACGAAAUAUGCUACAAAGCAAACAAUGGUAAAUUGGCUGAUGAAGAAGACGAUAUGCUGCGAUCCCAAAAUGCGAAAAGCGGAACUGUUCAGCUUAAUAGAAUGCAAUCGUCCUAAAAAAGUAAUAUAUAAAAUUGACAACAUCAUAAAGGAAAAUGGGCAUCAUGUUGUGCGUCUCCCUCCUUACCACUGUGAUCUAAACGCAAUUGAAUACGUUUGGUCAUCAGUUAAAAGACUGAUCAGGGAAAGGAAUGUGACUGGGGACUUAAGCUUGGAAAAUUUGAAAAAUUUAACACAAAAAGCUUUGGAUGAAGUCACUUCUCAAGAAUGGCAGGCGCACUGCAACCACGUAGAAAAACUUGAAAAUUAUUAUUGGGACAAGGACGAACUUUUAGAAGAGAUAGUGGAUGGAUUAAUAAUUCAAACUGGCAGCAGCGAUUCUGAUUCUGAUUCAGAAGAAACGGAAUCUUGCGACAGUGACUCGGAUGACUUUUCAGAUUUUAUACCUCUAUAAA